ACGACAAGUUGUAUAAAAGGCGAUUCGUAUUCGUAAUUGUUACACUUUUAAUUUGGUGAUUCGAGUCUACGUACAUUUUGUAUAGUCAGCAAUGGUUUGCAAGAUCUUCCUCAUCGCCGCGUUAGCAGCCACAGUUAGAGCAGGCUCACUCCUUCCGGCACCUGUAGCGAUCGCUCCUGCUCCUUUGGCAUACCAAGCCGCGAUUCCUCGCCUCGCCGCUCCAUUGGCUUACGCUCCACGAGUUGUAGCUGCUCCCGUAGCUAAAGCUGUAGUAGCUGCCCCAGUCGCUGCAGAAUACGAUCCUAAUCCACAAUAUUCGUUCGGAUACGACGUUCAAGAUGCAUUGACUGGAGACUCCAAAAGCCAGGUUGAGAGCAGAAACGGAGACCUCGUCCAAGGAUCCUACUCUUUGGUAGAUCCUGAUGGUACCAGAAGAACUGUUGACUACACCGCAGACGCACUUAAUGGAUUCAAUGCGGUAGUACGAAGAGAACCUUUAGUAGCUGCACCGGCUGUAGCUAAAAUAGCUGCACCAGUAGCGGUCGCCUCCGCUCCAGUUGCUCGAGUUGCUGCUGCAUUACCUGCAGCCGCUCCCAUCGCUAGAGUAGCAGCUCCGAUUGCAUACUCAGCUCCUAUUGUAAAAGCGACAGCUCCACUGACUUAUGCCGCACCCAUCACCAACAUCGGUUAUUCUACAUCUGUUUUGCAUUAAAUUGUGAUCAUUGUGAUCAUGGCUAAUGGGCUAGUUUAUAUGAAUGUACAUUAUGUAAUGAGGACUUGUUAAAUAAAAUAACUUUAACUUGGAAA